UGCUUCUGCACCCACAGGAUUUCUCACUGUAUAUCUAGCUGGGUUUGUCUGCCAAAAACACCUGGAUCCUCUGGAGAGCAUCCGUGCCUGCCACCUUCAGCUGUGCCUCACACUGAGCUGAGGGUGGGUGUGUUCACCUGCAGCCACAGAGCCCAAGUGUUGUGUCCCUUUAUUUCUUCUGCCUUACAGAACGUCAGGAUCGACCCCAGCAGCAUCUCCUUCCAGAUGUGGAAAGACAUCCCUGUCCCUUUCUACUUGUCAGUGCAUUUCUUCGAGGUGCUGAACCCCAAGCAGGUCCUGCGGGGAGAGAAGCCAGUGCUGAGCCAGCGUGGGCCCUACGUGUACAGGGAGUACAGGGUUAAAACAAAUAUCACAUUCCACGACAACGACACUGUUUCCUACCUGGAGUACCGACAGCUUUUCUUCCAGCCACACCUGUCCAAUGGCACGGAGGACGAGUACAUUGUGGUGCCAAACAUCAUGCUGAUGGGAGCAGCUGUGAUGGUGGAAAAACUGCCAGACCUGUGGAAGCUUUUGCUGAGUGGAGCCCUGGCCGGCCUGAAGCAGGAGGCGUUCAUGAACCGCACCGUGGGCGAGAUCAUGUGGGGCUACGAGGACCCCCUGAUAGAUGCAAUAAAUGCGAUUGUUCCUGGCCUGCUCCCUUUCAAGGGGAAGUUUGGAUUAUUCAUGGAUUUCAACAACUCCGACUCGGGGCUGUUCACAGUCAACACAGGCAUGAACAACAUCAGCCAGGUUCACAUGGUGGAUUCAUGGAAUGGGCUCAAGGAGGUGGAUUACUGGAGGAGCAGCCAGUGCAACAUGAUCAACGGGACAGCAGGGGAGAUGUGGCCACCCUUCAUGUCCCCAACCUCCCUGCAGUUCUACAGCCCUGAUGCCUGCAGGUCCAUGACGCUGGUGUACGAGGAGUCGGGGCAGUUCCAGGGUGUGCCCACCUUCCGCUUCGUGGCACCCAAAACCCUCUUUGCCAACGGCACAGACUACCCACCCAACGAGGGCUUCUGCCCCUGCAUGCAGUCUGGCAUCCAGAACGUCAGCACCUGCAGGCUCAAUGCGCCGAUGUUCAUUUCCCACCCUCACUUCUACAACGCCGACCCGUCCCUGGUGGAUGCAGUGGAAGGCCUGCACCCCAGCAAGGAGCAGCACGGGCUUUUCCUGGAUGUGCACCCUAUGACAGGCAUCCCCAUGAACUGCUCCAUCAAGCUGCAGCUGAACCUGUACAUAAAACACGUGUCUGGUAUCAUUCAAACAGGGCAGAUUAAGCCAGUGGUCCUGCCGCUGCUGUGGUUUGCAGAGAGUGGAUCCAUUGAAGGCUCAGUGCUGAAGCAGUUUUACACCAACCUGGUGCUGCUGCCCUCGGUGCUGGAGUACCUGCAGUACAUCCUCCUUGGCCUCAGUGUCCCUCUCCUUGUCUCAGCAGCUCUCCUCAUGGCAAGGAGGAAGAGAGGAGCUGCCCAGAAGAGCCCCCGAGCCCCCGCCAGAGCCACCCCCUCCUCUGAGACCACC